CCGGAUGACUGCAAGGAAGUUUCAUUCUGCCAGCUGCUGUUUUCCUCUUAAGGUUUGCUCUGUAGAGAAACCUGGAGAGUGAUCCACGUCCCGAAGACGCCCAGCAAUGACCUCCGCUGUGAUCUGCAGCAGAGAGACGCUACAAAACAUUCAGAGCAACAAUCACAUCAGGAGCGCCAUCAGGAUCGAGCCUCGCAGGAACUCCAUCCCCCCAACGCAGACUCUCACUGCCAAACAUCUUCUGGCGUAUCUGCCCAGACCUCAGUCAGGAUCCGUCCGUUACUCUCCCUACACCUGCAAGGCUGCAGCUAAAUCCACUGUUGCUUCCAUGAUGCUCCCAAAAAGAGGUUCUCUAAUGACCAACUUCAGCUACGUCAACGGAUCGUCCCUCCCACCAUCCCAGGAGCCGUCUCCCUCCCAGGCCCAGAGUCCAGGCAGCCAGUCCUCUCAGACGUUCGCUCCGGCUAAACAAGAGCUUCCUCAGCAGCACAUCGUCCAAGUAGCUCCUCUGGAACCAGUAGAGGAGACCUUGAAACCUCAGGGCUCCAAUCGCAGCAGACAAUUCAAACGUUUCGCUGUCAGAUGGCAGUCGAGGGGCUCCACCAGCAGCUUCCACAGCUCUGAGAAGUUACGUGGUGCAAAGAGCCACAAGAAGCGCUGUAAGCUGCUGGGCGACGAGCACACGUUACACGUCGCCGCCAGCGCCCAGCGCCAGCGUUACGUCACCAAGGAUGGCAAGUGCAGGGUCAAUCUGGGACCUAUUGUUGACAAGUAUCGCUUCAUCUCAGAUAUUUUCACCACAUUAGUGGACCUCAAGUAUCGCUGGUUCCUUCUUGUCUUCACUACUUGCUACAUUCUCACUUGGGUGACCUUUGGGGGGAUCUACUUCUUUGGUGCCUGGUUGCGUGACGACAUCGCUCACGUCGACGACCCCGAGUGGAAGGCGUGCUAUGAAAACGUCGACAGCUUCCUGUCAGCGCUGCUUCUGUCUCUGGAGAGCCAGAGGACAAUUGGGUAUGGCUCCAGGAUGGUGACGGCGAAUUGCCCUGAAGGCGCGGUAUUCCUGAUGAUCCAGUCCAUCGUUGGCUCCAUCAUCGACGCUCUGAUGGUGGGCUGCAUGUUUGUUAAAAUCUCCCGCCCGCAGCAGAGAGCCCAGACUCUGAUCUUCAGCAAGCACUGCGUCAUCUGCGAGCGCGACGAGAAGCUGUGCAUGCUCUUCCGCAUUGGUGACCUGAGAGAGAGUCACAUGGUGGACGCCAAGAUCCGUGCCAAGCUGAUCAAGUCCAGGCAGACCAAGGAGGGCGAGUUCAUCCCACUGGAGCAGUCGGAGAUCAAUCUGGGCUACGACACUGGAGGAGACCGGCUGCUCCUGGUGGAGCCUCAGACCAUCACCCACGUCAUCAACGAGAGCAGCCCCUUCUGGGAGGUGGGGGCCAAGCGUCUGAAGAGGGAGACAUUUGAGAUCAUCGUCAUCCUGGAGGGCAUCGUUGAAGCAUCAGGUAUGACAUGCCAGGCGAGGACAUCCUACACAGAGAACGAGGUCCUGUGGGGCCACAGAUUUGAGUCGUGCAUUUCUUUGGAGAAAGAGGCGUUUCGAGUGGAUUACGCUGCAUUUGACAAAACCUUCGAAGUCCAAAUGUCUCCACUGAGCUCAAAAGACAGAAGCACAGAAAAGGACCAAGAAAUUGGGUUUUAGAAAAUGAAAGCAUCUCUUGUUUACAGAAGCUGAGAAUGGACGCUGGUUGCAGUAAUCUUAUCUGUUUUCUCAAGAUGGCAAGUUAAACAUGUGGCAAGAAAACAACAGGUGAACCAGAAAAUGACUCUCAGCACCAACCGCCAACCACGACCAAUCGCAGCUUCUGUACCUCUGUCUGUACAAUAGUAUUUCAUAAAUGACUAUAUCGUCAUCAUAUUCAUCAACAUUAAUCUCAGGGUAGACAUCUUUUCAGUUGUUUUGCUGUUAAUGUAAUAAUAUUUGCAGUGUGGUUUUAGCAUAAUAUUCCAUUUGAGUCUGAUUUAAAGAACCUCAAGUGAAAUCUUUUGAUGCAGUCGGCUGAACUGGUGAUUUGGUCAGUAUCCACAGCCAUAUCUCUCUACCAUAUUCUGGAAGUAACUUCAAAAUGGAACAAAACCUGUAACAAUAAGAAAUGUUAAUGUUAUGCGUAUAUUGUAUCACAAAAUGAAAAUAAACACCCUGUUAAACCUC